UGAUAAGCUAAAAAGUGCAAGCAGCUUAACCUCCACGGUAAAAAAAGAAAGAAGUAAAAAUCAUCACCAAAUAAAAUUCCAGCCGCACGAUGAGAGAAGUAAAAAAAACGGCACCACACGAUAUUUGAUGUGGUAUGGUUAAAUAUCUUAAUCUUGAGGGCCAAGUCUUAUUAAUAAGUAAAAUUAGGGUUUUCAUUUGCAUAUAAUAUCUUUGUGUUGUUUUAUAAGUUUUACCUCUAGUGUAAAAAAAUCCAAAACCAAAAAGAAAAAGAAACCGAAACAGAAGAAGUCUUCGUCAAUUGGCAAUUACCAAGUAGUUUAGAAGAGAAUUUCUGGGAAGUCGUUACGUCGUUUGGAAGAAGAAUCGAACACAAUAAAGAUGGAGGUGGAGAUGAGUACGGGAAGAUAUGAUGGAAUUCCUUUUGUUCCUGAAAAAGGGUUCUAUCAACCUAGUUCAGAGAGCACUCGAGAAGCGUAUCAGGCGUUAACUUCAGUGAUCGAGUGCUAUAUGAACGGCCGAGUUCCUCCUCAUGUUCUCGUCAGUGCAUCAGAUGAAGUUUUGUAUGUUCUUAAAAGUGAUGUCAAUUUUGGAUAUGAGAAGAAACAAGAGAUUGAGAAAUUGAUUGGGUUGAUUUCCCUCGAUACUUUUCAGCAAUUGGUUGCCAUCGCAAAUUGGAUUACUGAUUAUUCCAAUCCUCGUCCUGCUUAUAAGAACAGUUAUUAUAAUCCUGGAGAUUUGUCAGGGUUGUUUUACAGACCAAGUAACGAAGCUAACUGGAGAUCAUAUAAUCUGUUUCUUGAUGCUUUUAAGCAACUUAUCGGUGAUCAGCCUGAUAUGGUUUUACGUGUCGCUGCUGACAGUUCUCUUCUCGUGUUGAAGAAUGUUGAUACCCCAACAGAGUACCGAAAACAUGUCAUUGAAUCAGAAUUAGGGCCUGCAUCGAGGAAUUGGUUUGAUCAUUUGAGUUCACUUGCGAAUUUGAUCACUGAUUACCCACCAUUACCAUCUCCUUGUUGGGAAACAACUCCUAAUUGGGAAAUCACUCAUUCCAGACCUGCUACUGAAUUUUACCCUCAUGAGUUUCCCUCGGAGAAGAAGGAAGCGGAAAGGAUUGCCAUAUUUGCACCUGAAGAUUAUUCUGAUAAUGUCAAGUUUGAUUUUGAAGAUGAUGUAAUGGCUAGUGAUUCUUCUUCUGAGGAGGAGGAGGAUGAGAAGGUGGUAGGGUCACCAUAUGAUCCAAGGGCCAGCAAUGAUUCUGAUGAUCAAGGCACUGUACGGGGAUGGAUGGAAGAUUUGGCUGAUGAUGAUUUUCAAGAAGUGAAAGUUGGAAUGAAGAAUCUGAGGGUUGAGAGAGAAGGUAGCAGCAGCGGAGAUGAUGAGUGUGAGAGAGUCACAGUCGGAGAAGCAUACCUGACGUCAGAGAGUUGCAGUGAUGAAGAGUAUCAAAAGGUCAAAGUGGGGGUCCGUAAUCUGACGGUCGGAGAGAACAGUGAUGAAGAAUGGUUAGUCGUUUAAUGGUGCGGAUGAUAUUGAAGCAGGUUAAUGCGAUAGGUUAGUGGGGAGUACAAAAAAAAGACUUGAAUUUUCUUAGUGGUUUCUUCUGUUUGGUUAUCAGUUAUCAAUCUAUGUAGUUAAUUGGAACCUACUUUGCUUUCAUUGAUUAGGUAUGUCAGUCAGAAUGACUGAACUCUUCGUUUGUUGAAAUCGUUUAGACUUUUGCAUGACUUUUGGGGUUAAAUUUUUUUUUUUAUAAAUAAUGGAUUAUUAUUCUUGUCUUUUGGA